GAUUGAGUCACUGUGUUUGUCAAUGUGAAUGUCAGGGUAAUACUAUCUUGUUCACGGUUUUGAUAAGGCACAUCACGUAACGGCGCGCAGCUGUGUGAUAUAAACAAAUAUCGUACCCUAUGAAUAGGCUAGAUAGAGCAGGACCUGACUGUUCGAAAGGAUUUUGGUUAAGAGUAAUCUCAACAACUCACCUUUAUAGAAAGACGCUCUGUUCAUAGGAUUGACGAAUUCGACGACCUGCAGUCGCCAUGGAGUUGAUACAUGUAGCCGAUGAUGGUGGAGAUGAGAUGACGCUGGUAAACUACAAUGGCCGCAAAUACCCACAGUUUCCCGGAUCUAUGCAGACCAAACCAAUAGAGAAAUUAGCAUCUGUUGAAAUCCGCUCUGACGAUAUUCUGGUGUGUACGUUCCCCAAGUCAGGUACCCACUGGGUCUGCGAGAUGGUUCGCCUGCUGGUGGCAGGAAAACUCGACCCUGAAGUCGGCAAAGGGUUUCACUUGAUUGAAGGUUGCAGUGAAGAUGACUAUAAAAAUCUCCCUUCUCCAAGAAUCCUCAACACUCAUGUGUUGUACAACGACCUUCCAGUGCAGGUUAAAGUGAUGAAACCUAGGAUAGUGUACGUGACUAGGAACCCCAAGGACGUGACUGUUUCCUAUUACAACUUUGUGAAGAAACUGACGAUGUGCUACAACUACACUGGAGAGUGGAAGAAUUUCUUUCGACCCUCACUGGAGGGGAAGUUUGACAACGGUUCCUGGUUCGAUUAUGUGAAGGACUGGGAGGAGGUGAAGAAAACCACUGAUGUCCCCAUACUGACGAUUAACUAUGAAGACAUGAAAGAGAAUCUGUUCCGCGAGAUGAAAAAAAUACAAGCCUUCCUUGGAAUUAAGAGGAGUGAUGAGUUUGUGAAGGAAGUAUGUGAUCAAUGCAGCUUCGCCUCCAUGAAGAAGAGCAAGGCAGCAAUGUCCGCGGUCACGUAUAGAAAGGGUGAAAUUGGGGACUGGAAGAAUUGGUUCACUAUCGCGCAGAAUGAGUGGUUUGAUCAAAUCUACAAGGAGAAGAUGAAAGAUUGUCCUUUGGAGUUCAGAUAUACAUUGAAAUAAUGGUGUUGUGGAGUGGGGAGAA